UGCGGCGGAUCCUUGGUCGCCCCGAACAAGGUGCUCACCGCCGCGCACUGCGAAAUCACCACGUACGCGAGCGCGGGAGAGGGCACGAUCGCGUACGUGAACUUCCACGACAGGACGGGAGUCGCGCACGACGCGACGCAGGCGCUCGCCACCACGGAAAACGUGGGCGUCGCUUCGGUCGUGAAUCACCCGCAGUACGACUCCAACACCGUAAACUACGACUUCGCGAUUCUCACACUGCCGUCGGACUCGCAGUACACCCCCGUCGUGCUCGAUUUCGACGACGCCAACGUCGCGGAGUCUGGGGAGAAUCUGCGCGUCAUGGGAUUCGGAACGACGACGCAAUACCAAUCCGGGUCGACACCCAGCCCCAACCCGACUUCUGCUAAGUUGUUGGAAGUCACCGUCCCCGGCAUGGCGUACGCGACGUGCGUGAACACGUACGGCGGCUUAGUGAGAGACACGAUGCUCUGCGCCGGCGCGUCCGGGCUCGACGCGUGUCAGGGCGACAGCGGAGGACCGCUGAUCAGAGUUUCGGACUCUAAGCAGGUCGGGGUCGUGUCCUACGGCUACGGGUGCGCGUGGCCUAACAAUCCCGGGGUCUACGCCAGGGUGACCGCGGUCAAGUCGUGGAUGUGCGAA